AUGGGUUCACUUCAAGCUAAAAAUCAACCAUUACCAGUGACUACUGAUAAACAUCUUCCAACACAAUCAACAGCUGCCAAUGGAGAAACAAAACCAAAAUGUAAAGCAUGUUGUGCAUGCCCAGAAACAAAACGAAUACGUGAUGAAUGUGUAAUAAUCAAUGGUGAAGAACAUUGUUCGAAAGAAAUCGAAGCUCAUAAAGCUUGUAUGCGUGCUGCUGGCUUUAAUAUUUAA